UAAUUUAAACAUAUUACUCCCAUCCAUUGUUUAAAAAUUUGACCGUCUUCACUUCCAGGCGUUUAGAUGGUGUAUACUCCCUACAAAUUGCGGUUCAUACGAAAUACAUGAGCAUUUACGUAAUAACCGAUUAACAAUCGUAGCUAUGUCUAUAACUGUCAGCUAUUAAGGAGAGGAAGUAGCACUUAUAACAUGCAGUUUUUAGCGUUCAGCUUCCGGUUAACAAACAACACAAGCAGCACUGAGUGACGGACUGCAUACAUAUAUAUUGAUAAUCUUUAUUUUUAAAAGACCUAAUAUUCUACAGCGUUCAAAUACGUUUUCUCCUGUAUCGAGUGUAAAACCACAUUCAUCCUAUAGCACCUCUCUUUGUCUAGUUUUAUAUAACAUAUUAGGCCGCAGUAUGCUACGGUUUAAUAUAGAUCUUUUCUACACAAAUUCUAUUUCCUUCUAUAGCUCGACUUUUAGCUUCUUUUAUAAGACGUUUGAAGAGCAAUAUAACGCUGAGUUGCUACACUUCACUCCAGCAAAAUCAGAAGUAUGACUUGUAAAAUUGAGGUGACAAGUACAAAGUUUCGAUUUUCGAAUGAUGGAAUCGCCUACACGUAUAUAUCUGUACGAUCCUUGUCCUGUAAACUAGCUUUUACUGACUUACCACACUAACUUGUGUAAAACGUGUGAGAUUAGUACAUUUAUAGCUUGUCUCACGAAAUUCAACUUUUCUUUCUCACUUGCUUUCUCUUAACAACACUAUCAUGCACUCAAUGUUACUAUUGCUUUAUCCUUUGGUAAUUUCGAUAGUAGGAGUACUUUACAUUAAAAUUAUUAUAAAUCGUGGUAUGCUCUACGAAUUCUUUGACUAAAGGGAACUUCAAAAAGGAUCUGAAGCUCUGGAUGUUGAAGUUCAGCAUGCAUCAGAAGAAAUUUUGGAAUUCAAGCAGCUCAUUGUUUCAGAUUCCGAUUUACGAAAUAAUAUGGACGAUACUCAAUUGUUUUCUCUUUGUUCUGAUAAAACCAUUGGACUCCCGGAUGAACUAAUUGCUUAUCAAUUGGAGUUAACAAAAAAAGUAUCCAAUUUGAAACAACAAAUUAAAACCUACUUAGACAGACACAAGCCGUCUUUACUGCAGUUUAACAAUAUACUGGAUAGUUUAAAUGAUCAUAAGCCGUUUAUUCUAAAUGGUUCCAAGAUGAGAUUUCUGCAGUCAGGAAACAUAUUGUCAUCAUAUUUAAAUGACGAUACCAAGGAAGAACCAAAACAAAUAGAUGGCAAAUUAAAUUUUCAUUUAUUUCUGCGCCAUUCAAUGAUGCUUUUACAAAUGGCUAUCAAAUCUUACAAUCCUUGUUUUACAGAUGAUAAAUUUCAAGAAUUAUCUUCUUCACAGUAUAGUUCAUUGAAUCAAAAUAGUUCAUCAGAUUGUCUUACUGUGUUUAAACAAGCUGUUGGUCAGUUUUACUCUCAAACAUCUAUCGAUUCUAAUUUUUCAACACAUUCUGAGAAGGAACUCUGUCAGUUAAUGAAAGAAAUGCAUAGUACUAUUGAUAAAUUACAAUUGGAACUAAAAGAUGAGUGGCUUCGGGAAUCACAACUGAAUAUAAAAUUUCCAGAACUUUCAGCGACCUAUUCGACCAUAUCUCAACCUUGUAUUUCUUACGAAACAGGUGAUAAGUAUGAUGUAAAUAACAAGUCUAAUAACACUUUUGAUAUAUCAGCGGAGAGUACCCUAAAUAAAACAGAUGAAGCGUUACCUAUACAUGAACCUUCUCACCAGUUAUUUAAAAAGUCACCAACAAGGAAUAAUUUACAGUUCAACUUUCCUGAUGAAUCCGCCUACAAGCAUUCAACAUCAUCACUUAAAUGUAAUCCAGUUAACGAUCCUAGAAUGAACUUCCUGGGUCUAAAGAAGGGAAACUAUUUGAAAGUUGAUCAUACAACUUCUAAUUCGUUAUCUUCACCCCGCACGCGGGAAAUUGAAAAUACUUUGCAAAAUCUAAGUAUAAACUCACCAGAAAAUGUUCUUACCGAUGAAAAGUGUACGGAAAUUAUGUCCAGUACAACCGAUAUGUUAAAAAUGAAGGGACUUGAUUAUUGUGAAGAUAUUUUGAAAACCCAGUUUCCUGUCACAUCAUUAGUUCCGCAUAAACCACCUUCAAUAAAAUAUUCUUUAAAAGAUCUAUCCAAUAUACCAGUAUCUAUACCACCUACUUUUCAGUCAUUCUCUUCUACUAUGGAAUUAAAAGGAUCUCACUUGUGUAAUCCGACAAAUAGCAGCUUCAAUCUAAUUGAUGAUGAUCUGGAAUUUGUCAAUGAUCUGCUUCCAUCGUCUCCAAACUGACGACAGUGAUGAUUCUCUCAUUUCCAUAUGUUGUAGUUAUUCAUUUUAUUUGCCUGCUAAUGUAUAAUUUUCUUCCAUAUAAAUGGUGAUAAUGACAGUUAAGAAAUAAAUAUUAUCAUGAUACACUAUUUUCUGUAUGUACUACAUGUGAAAUUAAAAAUGAAUGAUGUCUACUACCAGAAUACUUUGUAUUUAACAGAAGUAUCAGUUAACAAUAAUAUCCUCUCAAACUUUAAUGUUACAAAAUUUGCGAAAUCUUAUUUGUAAAUUAUGAGUUUUUUGUAACAUUCAGUUUUAUCUUAUUUAAUCGAAAAUUUUAUGUCUGUUUUCCAUAACUUUAGAGUUAAGUAUACCAAUUAAUUACAACUGAUAUGGUCCACCUAGCCUAGUUUAGGUACAGGAAGCUACGUAAGAUCUUUUAUUCACGUCGCAAAUGAAUCAAACUAUCUGAUUUUAACAUUGUCAUUAUUAUAUUUUACGCUAAAUAGUACCGUCAAAUCCAGGCAAACUGAGUUUGCAAAGUACUAUACCCAUGUUAGUUGUUCAAAGCUAAUAAAUUUAUGCCUUCUGGAAAAUUUUAUUCACUGUGAGACUUCUCUAUUCUUAGACUUAUGCAUGAAGUUGCAACUCAUUGUUUCUAUCAUUCAAAUCUUAAUGUGGGUCGAUCCUCUUGAGAUAGAGGCAUGUAAAACAUUGGUUAGCCCUAUUGAAAAUAUAAAAAUUUCAGGUAGGAUCAGGUUGCAUGACCUCAUGUUUUUUCAAACCAACUUCAGGCUUAUGUGAGGUUGCCUGGUAAUACCAUCCUUUUUCCCUGUUUUGCUUUGUUUGGUUUUUCCAAGAAUGUCUGAAAUAAAUACAUAUUUGCGAUUUAAAUCUUUUACCUUUCUACAUUUAGUAUAUGAUGUCAUUG